AUGGCAGCGUAUGAUUCCAGCCAGAGGGAGCGAUGCAACGAAAAGGUGCGUCAGCUCAUGAACAGGCAGUUCAGUACAUCAAUCGAUCAUCGGAGAUUUUGUCACGAGAAUGAAGACAUUUUGGAUUACGAGCUGUACAAGGUUGUUCGUGAUCGGAAUACAGAUGUAGAUACCUUUGUCGAUGAAUUAGAGAAGGUAUGUACACAAAACCAAUUUCAUGUAUCCAUCAUCUUCAAUCAUGUUGCUCCCGCAGGUGAUUCGUUGCUCCAUGUUUCUGCUGAAUUCUGGAAACCAGAAGUUGUAGAGCUGAUUGCUCAACACUUUCCUGUGCUUUUGAAUAAGAGAAACAGGAAAGGUGACAGUCCACUCCAUGUUGCUGCCAGGGCUAAUAACAUUGAAGCAAUGAAUGUCAUUCUGUCCAAAUGGCAAUUUGUAACAUCAGAGAAUAACUAUGGGAACACAGCUUUGCACGAAGCAGUUCUGUCCAAGCAUCUUGAGGGAGUUAAUAAUGUCCUUUUAAGUGAUGAACACACUCCUACAGAUCAGCAGGCUCCUAUUGGACUUGGAACUCCAAGCAUGGUUGUAAAUCACCAAUGUGCAGAUCUAUUGAAAAGGAUAGUGAAUAUGAUAGAAGAGCUAAGGUAUCAGAGAGAUGAGAAGGGCAACACCCCCCUUCAUCAUGAUGCCGCAAACGCUGGUUAUGUGGAAGGUGUUGGUAUAAUGUUUAGAAAGUCUAAGAAUCGCUUUUCAACGAAACCAAGGGCAAUCUUCUAA